UCAGAGACUGCGUUACCAAUCCCAACUAAUCCUACAUUCCAACUUAUUCCAACCAACGAAUUCAAUUUGUUGAUUCCAACCCACCAUCUAAUCCAAAAACACGACGGAGUUUGCACAGAAUAUUUCGUCAUUCUCGGAGUGUUAUGGCUAGUAAUUUUUUGGAUUUCUCAGUGAGUAUUGAUGAUAAAAUUACAGCGAAUUCACGAGCGGUACUUUACAAGAAGCCGACAAAAAAAAAUAAUCUAAAAGUAGAAGUAUACGAAGAGCCCCAGGAGAUCAGACGUCAACGUUUACUCUUUGAACAAAAAAAGAAUAGAGAUGCAUCUUUCAACGCUGGACGGGGACUUCUCAAUGCAGCAUUGCAAGGCAAUGACCAUAAUGACGAGGAAAUGGAUGUGCAACAAUAUGAAAGCCAACGGCAUUGCAGGCAAAAUCCAUGCUAUGCAAAUCAGCUGAUGAUGUCCGAAUGGAUGAUGGAAAUCCCUCCAGACCUUUCUGACAAGUGGUGGAUGGUUCCCUGUCCACUGGGACGUAGAGUACUUCUAAUUGCAUGUAAGGGUGCAACUAGAGCCUAUAGUAAACGAGGAAUUCAAUUGGGUAAAUUCAGUACUGCUUUACCCGGGGGUACUUAUCAAGAGUACAAGAGGAGCUGCACCAUCUUAGACUGCAUUUGGGUGAAGGAAACCAAGACUUACUAUGUUCUCGAUGUUUUAGCUUGGUCCAAUCAACCACUUCUCAAUUGUGAUACAGAGUUUCGUUUUUUCUGGUUACAAACGCGACUUGAGGAAACACAAGGACUAAAGGAGCGAGGAACGCCUUUGAAUAGCUACCCCAUUUUACCGCUACCAAAUUACCCCUGCAAUUCCGAAGUAUCUACGAUUAUAACAGAUUUAUCGACGCUUCCAAUCAUUGACGGAUUACUCUUCUAUCAUAAAGAUGCGCAUUACACGCACGGUCGCACGCCUCUCGUUACUUGGUUGAAGCCUUUCAUGCUACCUGAUAUAUUCGGAGUUCAGUUUCCGCCUGAUAUAUACGAAAGGCCUACUGAUUAUGUAGACAUAAGAACUUAUAUUCAGCAAAAUACAAUGAGGAAGAAGAAGAAAAACAAGCACAAUGAUAAGCAACUGGACGAAUUGAUGGAAACCGCCAACAUGGGCUUCACUGAUUGUGAGACUGUCCUGAGCACCGAAGAAAUGGCUUGAAUUUGAAUGAAUGCUUCUCAGGGUUGACCACAUUAUUUGGUCCUUCAAACAGUGUUAGCUAUAUGAUUUAUUCUGUAUGCUACAAGUUUAUGCGACAGUUUUACGUCAGGCAUCAUUUUUGAGAGCAGAUAGGUAUUUCAAUAUUUAUGACUAGAAUUAGAGUUUUAUUUAUGACAAGAAUUGAAGUUUUAUUUAAGGUAUUUCCGAAUUAAAAAAAUAUUGACUGUUCAUUAUCAUGAACUAGUGUUUAUUACUUGUAUAAAUACAUUCAAAAGCACUCUGAUCAUCUGUAUGCUUUAGUUUUAUACCUCAACCAGCCCUUAGGGACUAGAAAUCGACGGUUUGUUCGUUUAAAAACAAUGUACAUUUCCAAAGCCACAGUGAUUUGAUCGUAGUUGGGAAUUUAUCUAUGUCGUUGAACAAUAGAGCUAGAUAAUUUUGGCUAAACUCUAUGAUUUCUCCGAGAGAUAAGAGGAGGGACUAAGAAGACAUGAGUAAAACUCAUAGAUAAAAGAAAAUUCAUUUAUUAUUUAUUUAAGAAAGAUACAUAGUGUACAGAUGAUGGAAUAUUAUAAAUGGUAAACGAUUGUGCUGUUCUAUAUUUCAAAGGUCUUUCCACACUGCACAUUGAACCAUGUAUCCAGUCAUUGUUACAUGAAAAAUUAAAUCCGAUGAAUAGAGUGUAACUCUUUGCAAUAGUCACGGUAAGCCGUUAACACCUAUUGCUGAAAUAGUUGCGGUAUACUUAUUUAUCCGUCAUAUUUAAAGUACAUUAUAAUGCAAAAUCAAAUUAUCCCAGUGUUUAAGUGUGUACAAUCAAAGUCGAAGAGAUAUGGUUGUAUGUGACAUUAGGACACGGGUGGCUAAUGAGAGUAAAUUAAAUAUUUCAUGGACUGCAAGCAGGGAAAAAUAACAUCGGUAAUUGAAUCCAAAAUAGUAAUUGAUAAAUUGCUAAACGACGGCAAGAGCAUUACGAGAAGAAUUAUAUUAGUGAUCCCACAACUGUUCAGUACAGAUGUAAGAGUUAUAAGCGUUCAUCGACGUAUACAUUUCGCAAUUUAAUGAAGCCACAUCUCUAGAUAAUGAAUAUUAAUUUGUUGCAAUAGGUAAACAUUCUUUCUGUUAACGGAAUUUACAGUAGGUGAUCCGAAUUUCCUGUUACUUUCUUACAACGCUAGUCGAAAAUUCAGAUUACCUACGCUUUUCAUACAUAUAUAUUUCUGUGUGUUAUUAAAAAUAUAAAAUUCAAAACUGACGUAAUGGA